UCUUCUGUUGAAAAGAAAAAAAAUUUGAAAAAAAAAAGAGAUCUAGUUUCGAACUGGAUCGAAUUCAGCCGAUUGUGUAGCAAUACCUUUAUAAAAAUCUACAAAUUAUGUAAGGUUUUUGCCACUGAUCUUUUGAUCCUAGUUGAAAACCCAAAAAAAAAAAAAAAAAAAAAAAGAAAAUUAUAGUUAGUCAAUAGCAUAGAUAUUUAAGAGGGAAGAGACAUAUCGAAAAUGGACGGCGGCGAUGGACCAACGCCACCGGUAUCAGCACCGGCAACACCUGGAACGCCCGGGGCUCCGUUGUUCACAUCUCUUCGAGUGGACUCUUUGUCAUAUGAACGGAAGUCAAUGCCCCGUGGCAAGUGUAUGCCUCUUUGUGCACCAUCAUGCGGCGGCGGUGCAUCUAACACCUGCUUCACCGAUUUCCCGUCUCCGGACGUCUCUCUCACCCGAAAGUUGGGAGCAGAAUUUGUGGGAACAUUUAUCUUGAUAUUCGCAGCAACAGCAGGACCAAUAGUCAACGAGAAAUACGCAGGAUCGGAGACACUAAUCGGGAAUGCAGCAUGUGCAGGGCUGGCGGUGAUGAUAAUAAUUCUGUCCACCGGUCAUAUCUCCGGAGCCCAUCUAAACCCAUCUCUCACCAUCGCAUUUGCAGCACUCCGUCACUUUCCAUGGGCACAAGUCCCGGCGUACAUCUUAGCACAAGUCUCAGCCUCCAUAUGUGCUUCGUUUGCUCUCAAAGGCGUCUUCCAUCCCUUCAUGUCCGGUGGCGUCACCGUCCCUUCCAUCAGCACCGGCCAAGCUUUCGCCCUGGAGUUCCUCAUCACCUUUAAUCUCCUGUUUGUCGUCACAGCAGUCGCCACUGACACUCGCGCUGUGGGAGAACUGGCGGGGAUCGCAGUCGGAGCUACUGUUAUGCUCAACAUUCUUGUUGCUGGGCCUUCGAGUGGAGCUUCAAUGAAUCCGGUGAGGACACUAGGACCAGCGGUUGCAGCGGGGAACUACAAGGUGAUAUGGCUCUACUUACUGGCACCCACACUUGGUGCACUCGCCGGAGCUGGAGUCUACACGUUGGUCAAACUUCAGGCGGGUGAGGGUGAGGAACCACGUCCUGCCAGAAGCUUCCGUCGUUAGGUGGUGUUUCCUGUUAUUUGCAUAUGUGAUUAUGGUUUGUUUGUAAUAAAAUGGGACAUGGCUUCAUGUCCUUGGAACUGAUGUGUAUGUAUUAUGGUUUGUGGUUUGCUUUAUGUUUUUCCUGUGUGAUUAAUAUUAUUGUAAUAAAAAAUGCAUAAACAUGUAUUGUGUAUAAUGUAUGUUUGUAUUUGUAUGAAGUUGUGGUAUUGUGAUCUUUGUUUUGUGAUAAUAUGUUUGCCA